AUGACCACUUUCAUCCUACCCAUCCCGCUCUCCGAAGCUUUCUCCCUCGCUUCACUUUACAAUCUCCUUCUCAACCACGACUUGCCUACUUCUGUCAUCCCUUCUGGCUAUAUCCCGCUCCAAGUGGUGCUGGGUUACUUCUACGACAUUCGUCAACGACUUGUGCUUGGUCUGCUGCCGUUCCAGGUGCAACAGUUGAGCGUGGUCGAGGUGUACUUGCCCUUCGUGGACGUCCUAGGUGACGGAAAACCAUUUAGAAGGAGUGCCAAGACGUACAUGGACCAACUCAUUCCCACUCUCGUAGGAGGAGUUACUCAGUUUACUAAUGCGCAGUUGGCUUAUUUCGAUCCUGAACAUGUAGCCUACAAACCAGCCGGAGGCAUCACUCUUAGCUUUGCUGUCGCUCAGGGACUGAUCAAUACAUCCUACUACACAACCUCCGGAGCUGGAUGCAACACGAUUGACCUCUACUGCAACUACACCAAUUCCAAUGCCAGCUUCGUCAGCGGUAACGUGCAGGCGUUCAGCCCUUCGAUUAGUGUCAAUACGAACUAUGCUACUGCUUAUGGGUACAGUGCUGCUACGUAA